UGGACGACGCCGCAGUCGCUCGGAGCCCUGCAAACAGUCAGUCGUCGCGAUACCACCUACCUAUACCUACAGUAUCGAUCGCCUGAAACUUCAUUCACAAUGUUUUGCCAACAUGUGAAUGCGAAUAAACAGCGUCAUUGAGAAAAUCUGUAAACAAACACUAAAAGUCAGUUUCUAGUUUUGGUUUUGUAAUUUUAUGAGUGAAAGUUCGGGACGUUUUUCUAUUAUAGAACUGUUGAUUUGUUACUUAGUUUAAUUCAUCAUGAAAGACAAAAAUGCAAGCGAUGGCGCGCACGAGGCGAUGCUCAGCGACGGACAAAAGCCGCAGAUCAAGAACAGCAAGACGGCCGCCAAGGAGGACGAGUACGAGGCCCUGCAGAGUUUCCUGCGCAGCAUCAGUUCCACCGCUACCCUCCCACCCUAUGUCAAAGGGGAGACCUACUCUUCAGUGCGGGGAGUCGUCAAUCAGGCUCUAAUAACGUGCACGGUGCUGAUCCUGGCGGCAGGGGCAGGUCACCCCAUCGGGUUCUCGGCCGUGGCGCUGCCGCAACUCCGGAUCGAGAACUCCAGCAUGCAAAUUGAUGAAGACAUGGGCUCGUGGAUCGCUAGUAUUCACUCGGCGGCGACUCCGUUAGGGUCGAUGCUGUCAGGUCCAGUGAUGGAGGCGAUCGGACGGCGACGUACACUGCAGGUGUGCAUCCUGCCGCUCAUAGUGGGCUGGAUUAUCAUCGGAACCGCCGCGCACCACGCCUUGCUACUACUCGGGAGGAUAUUCUGUGGUUUCGCUGUUGGCAUCAUGGCGGCUCCCUCACAGGUGUACUUAGGAGAGAUUUCCGAGCCUCGUCUGCGGGGCCUGCUGAUCGGGACCCCGUUCGUGGCGUACUCCCUGGGCGUGCUGUACGUGUACGCGUUGGGGGGGGCGCUGCCGUGGCGGUCCGUGGCGUUCCUCUGCAUCGUGUUGCCAGUGCUGGCCUUCGUGGCGCUCUGUUUCUCGCCCGAAAGCCCCACGUGGCUUGCCCGCCGCGGACGUUUCCACGACGCCAUGGCUGCUAUGUCGCGCUUGAGGGGAAAUUCUGACACGGCUCAACGUGAACUUCACGAGCUCAUAUCAGCGCGGGAGAAAGAGAAAGCAAGAGGCGAAGAGGGCUUGCGUUUCUUCGCGACGAUUUUCAAGCCGAACGUUCUGAAACCUCUGUUUCUUAUCAACGCAUUCAACAUGCUGCAGAUCUUAUCCGGCAGUUACGUCGUCAUAUUUUAUGCUGUUGACAUCGUUAAAGACUCUGGUGGCGCCUUGCUACCCCAUAUGGCAGCCAACGCCAGUGCGCUAGUCCGCCUGUGUGUGACCGUGCUCGCGUGCAUCCUGCUGCUGAGGAUCCCGCGCCGCACGCUGGUCAUGGUGUCGGGCAUCGGCGGCGCCCUCUGCACUCUCGCGCUCGCCCUCAUACUCUCCCAAGGCCCCGGCUACGGAUUCCUCCCGCCCACGCUCAUCAUGGGAUACGUCGCCUUCAACACUCUCGGCUUCUUCCUACUCCCAGGACUGAUGAUCGGCGAACUUCUGCCCACAAAAGUCCGCGGUCUUUGCGGAGGAUACAUUUUCUGCCUUUUCAACGCUGUCCUCUUUGGAUUCACUAAACUCUACCCUAUCAUGAAAACCGCCAUCGGAAUGGACGGUAUCUUCGGCCUUUUCGGUGCCUCAUCGACGUUGGCGACGAUCAUCUUGUUUUUAAUGCUGCCAGAAACUAAGGGCAAAUCGUUAAUCCAAAUCGAACAGUAUUACCAGAAGCCAAAUGUCUUGUGGCUGACACGCAAUAAACAAGAAAAUCAACACGUGUGAAACUGUUCAAGGUGAACCCACGGAAAUAUUUCUAGUGUCCGCACGAGACCAGGCGAUAGCCGUUUUUUUUUAAUUAAAUAGUGUAUACAACAUUAAUUCUUAAGAGUGCGAUUAAAGAGUUGUUUGUUUGUUUGUGAAACCGUGUCACACAGAGCCGGCGGCGUGAUCUCGUGACAGACUUACAUUUUAGAGUAUUCUAAUAACCCGUGGCAUAUAUGGUGUAAACGGCUAAACUGCUGGGCCCAUUUAUGAUAAUUGUAAUAAACACAGUUGAACUAAUAUAGACUAUCGCAAGCGGAGCUGCGAGCAUCAGCUAGUUUGAAAAAGUUGCAAGACAAAUCUGUGACAAAAAAACAUACGGACUUCGUUUUCACUUUGAAUGUUAAACAAAUUGAAAUAAAUUUUCAUUAGAGCAAUGAACAUUGAAACAUUUUGUGUUAGAUUAUAUAAAUGCACGAGGAAUGAGAUAAUGGAUGCAUUAAAAACAAGACAAGAAACUUAUUUUAUCACAAUUCGAUAAUUUCAUUAUAGUUAUAAGAAAAUAAAUAUAAUCAAUGUGAUAUAUAUUACAGAAAAACAAAAAACAUUAUGCUGUGAUUUUUGAAAACUACUUGUAUAAAUAAAAUUUAUACUCAAAGAAUUUUUAGAUCUUUAUAAACUAUUAUUUAAUUACAAUAUUCAAAGGCAUUUAAUAUGAAGUUGUAUUAUAAAAUUACUCUUAACGAACUUUGUACUACUUGUAUAUUUGUGCGGAUGUAAUCAAAGCAAAUUGUGCGGAUGUAACAAAAGCGUACCUACAUAUGAUGAAGAUGACAUACCUACGCUAUGGUCGCACUUCAGGGCAAGAUUUCAGAAACGGACGGAAAACAAUAUAUUGUUUUCCGUCCGUAUACCUAUAGGUAUACCUAUACAAUACUUUUUUAUUAUUCUCGAAUACUGGAUUAAGCAAAUAUUAAAUUGAUUUAUUAGUAAGGUCAAUAAAUUUUUAAUUAUAUAAGAAUAUGAAAUAGGCCACUUUUGCGCUGAUACUCAUUCAUUUUGUUAAAGAUUUUUUUUUAUUUAAAAGUAAUCGUUAUAAAUCUUAUUCCACUAUUUAUUAUUAGCAUGUCUCAUAUUAUAUUUAGAUUAUAACGAAUUAUUUAUAUAUUUCUUUCAAAAACCCGUGACGAUCAAUCGACAAGCCGUUACAGUUUUAUGAGAUUUUUAUCUGUGAUUUUUGUAGUGACUGCGUACAUAUUAACAAAAUAGGUGCUUUGACAAUGUACUUAGCGUAAGGAGUUAUUUUUCUAUUCAUUGUAGUAGAAAUUUACAAUUGUGAUAUAAUAAUAAAUUAAUUAAAUAUGUUA